AGUAGCGGCAACCGCAUAAGAACAUGGACAUGUACAUUUCCCAACUGUACUUCCAGCGCCCAGUUCACUCGUCUCGCAGACCUGCAACGGCAUCAAUCCACCGUGCACGGUGACAAAAAACCCGACUUUCCCUGCCAUGUCUCCCGUUGCAGCCGCGUAGGCGACAAGGGCUUCACAAGGCGAGACCAUCUUGUCGAGCACCUGAGGAACUUUCACCACAUCGAUGUUCCGAAGCGAAAACCUGGGGAGAGAAGCGCGUUUCCGUUUGGAUGGCCCGAGGGGACGAGCGGGUGAGUUAGAGUCGGUAUCGGUGGGGUCAAAGAGGAGGCUGAUGAGGGCAUAGGGGCACGGAUACGGGUACGGGUACG